AUGCUGAGCAAACUCCACAAAACAACUCUGAUCACUAGCAGAGGACAUCAGGCACCCAGAAAAGCAGCCCAUUGUCUUCGAAAGGAGGUAGGACAAAAUAUAAAAGAUAAAAAGAGAGACAAAAGAAUUAGGGACGGAGAUCCAUCCCGGGAAGGGAAUCUUAAUAGAGGAAGUUUCCAAACACCAGGAAACCCUCUCACCAGCGGGUCUGAUGGAAGUUUUCGAAUCUCGGAGGGCAACCUAACCAGGAGGAAAAAUAAACAAAACCCACAGAUAACAAGCCUAAAAGCAACUCCCAGCAGAAAAGUACCCCAGAUGCCCACAUCCGCCACCAGCAAGUCGGGGCUGAAUGGAGAGGAGCAGGCGGCAUUGCUUAGGGUAAGGACUGGACCUGAAUGCCCUGAGGGCAAUCAGAGGGAGCUAACGUGA